AAGGGAUCCGGUUUGUAAGGUGCGGUGUCUUGGCGUUCCGACUGUCGACAUGCGAAACCUCUGCCGCAUUCUGUAGUUGAAAUGAAAGGAGAAGACUGGUGGUAAGAUUCUUCUUAGGACUGGUGGUGUGUUGUAUCUUUUUCGGGGUAGCCAUUAUGAUCCGCACAACAGGCCGAAAUACCAUGUGAUUCUGUGGAAGCCUGCAACUCCGGUUUACCCUAAGCUUAUACAAGAAUCACCAGAAGGGUUGACGAAAGAAGAAGCUGAUGAGUUGAGAAUGAAAGGGAAAAAACUCCCCCCGAUUUGUAGACUAGGUAAGAACGGUUGGAGAGUAGAAAUGUCUCACAACUCUAGAGGAUCUGGCAGUGGCGGAGGGCGUGGUGGAGGUCAUGGUCGCUCUGGUGGUUCUGAUUUGAAAUGCUACCAGUGUGGUGACGUUGGCCAGUUUGCUCGUGAGUGCCGUGGUGGUGGUGGUAGACGCCGCAGUCGUAGCCCAGUCAACAGAUACCGACGGAGUCCUAGCUACGGUCAGAGGAGCUACAGUCCUCGUGGCCGAUCACCGCCACGCCGUAGGGUGUCACCUCCUCGCAAGAUUAACUACAGCAGGUCACCUCCGCAUCGUGGACGAGAAGAGUUGGCAUACACAAACGGCGUGUUUUAUUUCUGUUUCUUUUUGAAAUAUAUUCCAAACGAGGGUGAAGAAGAAGCGGAUGACGAGGAAGACGAAGAUGACGAGAAUGGCGAAAGCGAAGACGAAAAUUAA